AUGGAAUAUAGCAAUUGCCAGAAUUCUGAUUCAGAUUAUCUGCCGGAGGCUACCUUAUUCUGUUCAGCGUGCAAAUCGCGUGAGGUAUUCGGGAUACUUACUACAUGUUUGCAUCUAACCUGUCAAACAUGUUCUGAAUUGAUGCACAAAGAUGAUGUUUACCUUUGUACUGUCUGCAGUGAACGUAGCACUAAGGUAAUUAAUAACCCUAACCUAUGUAGGCCAGAAAACACCAACAAAUCGCCCACAUGCAAUUGGUGUCAUGAUAAUGGUGAACAAACGAAAUCCGUCGGACAUUGUGAGGAUUGUGGUAUAUGGUUGUGUGGAGAAUGUCUGAAGGGUCAUAAUAGAAUGCCACCACUGCGUAAUCACAAUAUUACAGUGCUUUCCAAGAGUGAACAUACGGGCUCACUUCGUUGUGAAGCACAUCCGAACGAAGCACUUGAAUGCUUUUGUGAAGCUUGUGGAGUGUUAACUUGUCGUGACUGUCAGUUAUCAGUUCACAGAGACCAUGGAAGCCAUCGAUGGGUUGGAGAAAAAGCAGUUCAGUUAAAGACCCCUCUAGAGGAACGUGUCCAAGAACUUAGAAAGUCCGGUGAAAAGUUGUCUUCUAUUCUUGCACAUACUAACAGUGCUCGUAUAUGUACUCCAGAAGAUAGUUUUAUGUCGAGUGUAGAGAAAGCCCGUCAAGAUAUUAAAUCACGAACAGCUUCCCUCAUUGACUGCGUUCGAGUUCGAUCUGAGUGUCUUUUAAACGAGCUUGAUAAGAAGAUGGAUAUGUACGCUGGUCGACUACACGAUACAGAGGCUUUAGUAACUAAACUCCAGGAACACAUCAACUUUGUAUCAGCCUUUUCAAAUCAUCUUAUCAACAAUGUAGACAGUGAUCCUGCUAGUUUGGUACAACUUUAUGAAAUUGUCAAACUAAGACUUGAUUUACUUCAAAUUUUAUCUGAACAAAUAUUGAAUGACUCAGCAUCUCUUGGCAAUUCAGUGGAUCAGAAGUUAAAGGAUCAAAUAAAGGGGUCAAGUUUAUGGACGGAUAAUGCAGUUGGCUGGCGUACUGUAGUUAAUACUCGGGCAUUAUUCCUUGGUAACUGGGACGCUGAAGAAUUGUGCCGAUAUUCUGGAACAAUAGCUUGGUUACCCAAACAAACCGAUGUUAAUAUUCCUCAUAAGGAUAGCGAUCAAAUUGUUGAGAAUCAGACAACUGUGAAAAUAGAGAACGGCUUGACACAGGCAGAUAAUGCGGCAUCUAAUCUGUCUACAACAACAGAUACUAAUGACUUCCUGGACUCUUUAGCAGAAUUGGAUGGUGAUAAAUUGACGUGUAGGGAUAAUGGGGAAUCCUUGCUUGGAUCAGCAGGUUGUGCUAUCUGUUUCGGAGUUGGACUACUUGCUCAUUGUGGACAGUGUAAUCGGGCUUAUCAUUUGGACUGUCACUUACCGCGUAUAGAUAGUAUAUCCCUAACUAGUGAUUGGGUAUGUGUUUUGUGUUCUGUUGCUGCCAAUGAUGAAACUCCCUCUACUACUACUACUACUCAAUCAUUGAAGAAUGGAUUUUCUUGGGAUGAUUAUAUGACAGGAUGUCGAAUCCUAACAGGUUUACUUGUUCACUCUGACGCUGUGCAUUUUACUGCAUCAAUCUGUCCAUCCUGUUCCGUUUCAUUAAUAUCACCUAGACGAUCUGUACCACAUUGUUCAGCAGGGCACUUGUAUCAUCGACUUGCAGAGCUUCGUUUGUCUUUGGAGGAAACAGUAUCUUCAGUUUCUAAUGGUCAUUGUGAUUCAGCCUCCAGUCUUAAUUCCUACAAUGGUCAAUCACGUUAUACUUGUUUCAGUGACUGGCUUAUAGACUUAGACAACUUUUUAUCAGAUGCUGCUAAAGAAACUGAGGUAGUUUAUGGUUCUACUAAAGGCAGUUUACAAGCUGCUCAUCAACUUCGAUCCCAUUUAAAAUCACUUGUACAUGAAUAUGGGCCAGAAUUCGAGGCUGUUCUAUAUCCAUUGGCAACAACUUCCAAUGAACCAGAGAAUGAUUAUUCUGUUGAUGUACCGAUUUGUACACCGGAUUCUUUAAUAGCCCUAUCACCUGCUCCUCUAAAAAUUGAGGUAACAGAGUAG